AAACCCCCCCGCCAGGAGCCGCAGUUAGUAUCGAACGUCGACGAACGUCAGUUGUUAGUGUACACAUCGAACACAGGAAAAUUGUGCAAGUUGACCCUACCACACCCGGUAGCCAUUUUGGACAGUGGAGAAGUGUCUUUAAAGCGAUAAGAAUUGCCGAAGGAUGGAUCAGAUCACGCCGAAGGAAGUAAAGAUCCUGGAAAAUCCUGAGGAUAUUCAGGAAAGGAGAGAGCAAGUCCUCGGUCGAUAUGCGAAUUUCAAGGCGGAGGCCCGGAAUAAGAGGGAUAAACUCGAGGACUCCCGUCGCUUUCAGUACUUUAAGCGAGAUGCGGAUGAGCUCGAAGGAUGGAUCUUCGAAAAAUUGCAAGCUGCCUCGGACGAAAGCUACAAGGAUCCUACCAACCUUCAGGCUAAGAUUCAGAAACAUCAAGCCUUCGAAGCAGAAGUCGCAGCACAUUCCAAUGCUAUAGUGUCCUUGGACAAUACUGGCUCCGAAAUGAUAGCUCAACAUCACUUUGCAAGCGACGUUAUUCGUAAGAGACUAGUGGAUCUUCAUCAGCUAUGGGAACUGCUUCUGUCGAGAUUAGCAGACAAAGGUCUUAAAUUGCAACAAGCUCUGGUACUUGUUCAGUUCAUCAGACACUGCGAUGAAGUUAUGUUCUGGAUCCACGAUAAAGAGGCGUUCGUUACCACCGAUGAAUUUGGGCACGACUUGGAACACGUCGAAGUACUUCAAAGGAAGUUCGACGAAUUCCAGAAGGACAUGGCUAGCCAGGAAUACAGAGUGACAGAGGUGAACGAAGUGGCAGAUAAACUUCUUCUGGAUGGACAUCCCGAGCGUGAUACUAUCCUACGCAGAAAGGAGGAGCUUAACGAGUCUUGGCAGAGAUUGAAGCAGCUUGCGGUUUUGCGCCAAGAGAAACUAUUCGGCGCGCACGAGAUUCAAAGAUUCAACCGGGACGCAGACGAGACAAUGGCGUGGAUCGCGGAAAAGGACGUUGUUCUAUCCUCAGACGAUUUUGGACGUGACCUCGCAAGCGUGCAGACUUUGCAAAGGAAACACGAAGGAAUAGAGCGCGACCUGGCAGCUUUAGAAGACAAGGUGUACACGCUGGGAGCUGAAGCAGAUCGCCUCGCUGGUAUCCAUCAAGCGGACCACUCGAAACAAAUUCAAGCUAAACGUGCGGAGAUUUUACAAUCAUGGGAGAGCCUUACUGCGAAAGCUAAGGAAAGACGUUUGAAGCUCGACGAGUCUUAUUAUCUGCAUAGAUUUUUAGCCGACUACAGAGAUUUGGUCUCAUGGAUGAACGACAUGCGUGCGAUUAUAUCAGCUGACGAAUUGGCGAAAGACGUGGCAGGUGCCGAAGCGCUUGUCGAGAGGCACCAGGAACACAAGGGAGAAAUCGACGCCAGAGCUGAUAGCUUUGACGCGACCACUUUGGCUGGCAACAAGUUGCUCGAGAAGAAACACUAUGCCGCGGAGGAGGUGGCCAGAAAAUUGAACUCGCUUGCCGAAGAGAAACAAUCUCUUUUGAGUCUUUGGGAAAAAAGGAAGAUCCUGUACGAACAGUGCAUGGACUUGCAGUUAUUCUACCGAGAUACGGAGCAAGCGGACGCUUGGAUGGCUAAACAGGAAGCUUUCCUAGCGAAUGAAGAUUUGGGAGAUUCUUUGGACAGCGUAGAAGCUCUUAUUAAAAAACACGAAGACUUUGACAAGUCUCUGGCCGCGCAGGAAGACAAGAUCAAAAUAUUGGACGACUUUGCUAGCAAGUUGAUAGAGGGUGAACAUUACGCGGCAGAUGAUGUGGCACAAAGACGCAAAAUGCUGUUGGAAAGACGGGCUGUUCUCCUUGAGAAAUCUGCUCAGAGAAGACGUCGCCUUGAGGACGCAUAUAAAUUGCAACAGUUCGAACGCGACUGCGACGAAACGAAGGGUUGGGUCAACGAGAAAUUGAAAUUCGCCACUGACGAUAAUUAUUUGGAUCCUACUAAUUUGAACGGCAAGGUACAGAAACAUCAGAAUUUCGAGCAAGAGUUGACCGCUAACAAAACUCGUGUGGAAGAGAUGGUAGCUACUGGUCGUGAACUGAUAAGCAACGGUCAUUACGCUUCUGACAGAAUUAGUACUCGUUCCGAGGAGAUCGCGUCUCUGUGGGACAGCCUCACUCACGCCACCGGAAAGAAAGGAUCGAAACUUCAGGAAGCCUCUCAACAACAGCAGUUUAAUCGCACUGUGGAGGAUAUCGAAUUAUGGUUGUCGGAAGUGGAAGGGCAAUUGAUGUCCGAAGAUUAUGGCAAAGAUCUGACCAGCGUGCAAAAUCUCCAAAAGAAACACGCUCUUCUGGAAGCCGACGUUGCGUCUCACUCGGACAGAAUCGAGACCAUCGCUCAAGCUGCGGAGCAGUUUGUAAGUCAGGGUCACUUCGACGCCGACAACAUCAGAGCCAAGCAAGAACAGUUGCAAAGCCGCUACGCUGCUCUGCAACGUCCCAUGAGCAUCCGUAAGCUGCGUCUAUUCGAUUCUCUGCAAGUACAACAAUUAUUUAGAGAUAUAGAAGACGAAGAAGCCUGGAUCCGCGAGAAGGAACCGGUUGCUGCGUCCACCAACCGUGGCCGUGAUCUCAUCGGCGUGCAGAAUCUGCAGAAAAAACAUCAAGCUGUUCUCGCGGAAAUAAACAAUCACGAACCGCGCGUAGCUGCCGUUUGCCAAGCCGGUGCGUCGAUGUUGCAAGAGAGUCACUUCGCUGCGGAAGAAAUUGGCCAACGACUGGCUGCACUCGACGAGCAUUGGGGACAACUGAAAGAGAAAGCCAGGCAGCGUAAGACUGACUUGGACGACUCGCUUCAAGCACAUCAGUACUUCGCCGAUGCGAACGAGGCUGAAUCAUGGAUGAAGGAGAAACGACCCAUAGUGAUGAACACCGAUUACGGAAAGGACGAAGACAGCUCCGAGGCUCUUUUGAAAAAGCACGAGGCAUUGGUCAGCGACUUGGAAGCUUUUGCCAGCACCAUAGCCGCACUUCGUGAACAAGCUGCUGCUUGUAGACAACAGGAGACUCCCGCUAUUGACAUCACUGGUAAAGAAUGCGUGGUAGCUCUGUAUGAUUAUACGGAAAAAUCUCCGAGAGAAGUCUCUAUGAAGAAGGGCGAUACUUUGACUUUGUUAAACUCGAACAACAAGGAUUGGUGGAAAGUCGAGGUGAACGAUCGCCAAGGUUUCGUUCCAGCUGCGUAUGUGAAGAGAGUCGAGCCUGAAGCUGGACUGAGUGCUUCUCAGCAGAACCUAGCUAGGGAACAGAGUUCCAUUGCUGCCAGACAGGCACAGAUAGAGGCUCAAUACGAUGAUCUGUUGAGAUUGGCGCGCGAACGGCAGAACAAGCUAAACGAGACGGCCAAGGCUUACGUGCUCGUCAGAGAGGCUGCUGAGUUGGCUACUUGGAUCAAGGACAAGGAGAACCACGCUCAAGUUCAAGACGUCGGUGAAGAUCUGGAGCAAGUGGAGGUCAUGCAGAAGAAGUUCGAUGAUUUCCAGGCAGACUUGAAGGCUAACGAAGUUCGUCUAGCUGAGAUGAACGAGAUCGCCGUGCAGUUGAUGAGUCUUGGGCAGACGGAGGCAGCCCUGAAGAUCCAAACGCAGAUACAGGACUUGAACGAGAAGUGGACCAGCCUGCAGACUCUUACCGCGGAACGUGCCAACCAGCUCGGUUCUGCUCACGAAGUACAACGAUUCCAUCGUGAUGUUGACGAGACCAAGGAUUGGAUUCGGGAGAAGGACGCCGCGUUGAACAACGACGACCUGGGCAAGGAUCUGCGCAGCGUACAGGCGCUGCAACGUAAGCACGAAGGCCUUGAGAGAGACCUGGCCGCUUUAGGAGAUAAGAUCAAGCAACUGGACGAAACGGCUAAUCGUCUGAUGCAGUCGCAUCCCGAGACGGCCGAACAAACGUACGCUAAACAGAAGGAGAUCAACGAGGAAUGGACCCAGUUGACGGCGAAAGCUAACAGCAGGAAGGAGAAGUUGCUGGAUUCUUAUGACUUGCAACGAUUCCUCAGCGAUUACAGGGAUCUAAUGGCUUGGAUAAAUUCGAUGAUGGGUCUGGUCGCUUCGGAGGAGUUGGCUUCCGACGUGACCGGAGCGGAAGCCCUGCUUGAACGGCAUCAGGAACAUCGCAUGGAGAUCGACGCCAGGGCAGGCACCUUCCAGGCGUUCGAACUUUUUGGCCAGCAACUUCUACAGUCGAGUCACUACGCUAGCGUGGAGAUUCAAGAGAAGCUUGAAUCGAUGGCCGAGGCGCGUCAAGAACUAGAAAAGGCUUGGAUCCGAAGACGCAUGCAAUUGGAUCAGAAUCUGGAGCUCCAAUUGUUCUGCAGAGAUUGCGAGCAAGCUGAGAACUGGAUGAGCGCACGUGAAGCCUUCCUGAGCACCGCAGACACUGUCGACAGUGGCGACAACGUGGAAGCUCUUAUCAAAAAGCACGAGGACUUCGACAAGGCCAUUAACGCUCACGAAGAGAAGAUUGGCACCUUGCAGACCUUGGCCGAUCAGCUAAUUGCUGCCGAGCAUUAUGCCGCGAAACCGAUCGAUGAGAAACGUUGCCAAGUUCUAGUUCGUUGGAAACACCUCAAAGAUGCUCUCAUCGAGAAACGAUCCAAGUUGGGAGAGUCUCAAACCUUGCAACAGUUCUCCCGCGACGCCGACGAGAUGGAAAAUUGGAUCGCAGAAAAGCUGCAACUCGCUACUGAAGAAAACUACAAGGAUCCAGCUAAUAUCCAAUCAAAACAUCAGAAGCAUCAAGCGUUCGAAGCCGAAUUAGCUGCGAACGCGGACAGGAUUCAAUCAGUGCUCGCCAUGGGCGGCAAUUUAAUCGAGAAACACCAAUGUGCCGGUUCCGAGGACGCUGUUCAAAAGCGACUUGCUUCGAUCGCCGAUCAAUGGGAGUAUCUUACUCAGAAGACCACCGAGAAGUCGAUGAAGCUGAAAGAGGCGAACAAACAGCGCACGUACAUCGCUGCCGUCAAGGAUCUCGAUUUCUGGCUCGGCGAAGUGGAGAGCUUGCUCACCUCCGAAGACGCUGGCAAGGAUCUGGCCUCCGUCCAGAAUCUGAUGAAGAAACAUCAAUUGGUCGAAGCCGAUAUCCAAGCGCACGAAGAGAGGAUCAAGGAUAUGAACGCGCAGGCGGAUUCUCUGAUCGAAAGUGGGCAGUUCGACGCAGCUGGUAUUCAAGAGAAACGACAGAGUAUCAACGAGCGUUAUGAAAGAAUUCGCAAUCUCGCUGCUCACAGGCAGGCUAGAUUGAACGAAGCAAACACCUUGCAUCAGUUCUUCCGAGAUAUCGCCGACGAGGAGUCUUGGAUCAAGGAGAAAAAACUAUUGGUCGGAUCGGACGACUACGGCCGCGAUCUUACGGGUGUGCAAAACUUGAAAAAGAAACACAAACGAUUGGAAGCUGAAUUGGGUAGUCACGAGCCCGCGAUUCAAGCUGUUCAAGAGGCGGGAGAGAAACUAAUGGACGUCUCUAACUUGGGUGUACCCGAAAUUGAACAACGCUUGAAGCUUCUCAAUCAGGCGUGGGCUGAGUUGAAACAGUUGGCUGCUAACAGAGGACAGAAGCUGGACGAGUCUCUGACGUAUCAACAGUUCUUGGCUAAAGUCGAGGAAGAGGAGGCUUGGAUUACAGAGAAGCAGCAAUUGUUAUCGGUCGAAGAUUACGGCGACACUAUGGCUGCAGUUCAGGGUCUGCUGAAGAAGCACGAUGCCUUUGAAACUGAUUUUGCAGCUCAUGGCGAACGCUGCAAAAAUAUCUGUGAAGCUGGAGAAGCUUUGAUCAAGGCUGGAAACCAUCGCGCAGAUGCUAUAGGACAGAGAUGCGCUCAGCUUCGCAAUAAACUGGAACAACUCGGCGCUCUUGCUGCCAGAAGGAAGACCCGACUCAACGAUAACUCAGCUUAUUUGCAAUUCAUGUGGAAGGCGGACGUGGUCGAGUCCUGGAUCGCUGAUAAAGAGACUCACGUACGUUCGGAGGAAUUCGGACGCGACUUAUCCACCGUUCAAACGCUGCUGACUAAACAGGAAACUUUCGAUGCAGGAUUGCACGCGUUCGAGCAUGAAGGAAUUCAGAACAUCACUUCGUUAAAGGAAAUGCUGGUUGAUUCCGGACACGAUCAGACACCUAGUAUUCAGAAACGUCAUGCAGAUGUGAUCGCUCGCUGGCAAAAGCUCUUGGCUGACUCGGACGCAAGGAAACAACGUUUGCUGAGAAUGCAAGAUCAGUUCAGACAAAUCGAAGAAUUGUAUCUAACGUUCGCUAAGAAGGCAUCCGCUUUCAAUUCGUGGUUCGAGAACGCUGAGGAAGAUUUGACCGAUCCCGUUCGAUGCAACAGUAUCGAAGAGAUUCGAGCCCUUAGGGAAGCCCAUGCACAAUUUCAGGCUAGCUUGUCCUCGGCGGAGGCAGAUUUCGAAGCUUUGGCCGCCCUCGACAGACAGAUCAAGAGCUUUAAUGUCGGCCCGAAUCCAUACACGUGGUUCACGAUGGAAGCUUUGGAAGACACCUGGCGUAAUCUGCAGAAGAUAAUCAAGGAACGAGAUGUGGAGCUUGCCAAGGAAGCUCAACGGCAGGAGGAGAACGAUAAGUUGCGUAAGGAGUUUGCCAAGCACGCAAACGCCUUCCAUCAAUGGCUUGCGGAGACGAGAACGUCUAUGAUGGAAGGAUCAGGAUCGUUGGAACAACAAUUGGAAGCAACGAAGAGGAAGACUCAGGAAGUUCGAGCACGACGUCAAGACCUGAAGAAGAUCGAAGACCUGGGAGCGAUCUUGGAGGAACACUUGAUUCUGGAUAAUCGUUACACAGAGCACAGUACCGUGGGAUUAGCGCAACAGUGGGACCAGUUGGAUCAAUUAGGAAUGCGGAUGCAGCACAAUCUGGAACAACAGAUACAAGCUCGCAAUCAGUCCGGUGUUUCCGAGGAUGCUCUCAAAGAAUUCUCGAUGAUGUUCAAGCACUUCGACAAGGACAAGAGUGGUCGCCUGAAUCACCAGGAAUUCAAGUCCUGCUUAAGGGCACUUGGUUACGAUUUGCCGAUGGUAGAGGAAGGCCAGCCCGAUCCGGAGUUCGAAAAUAUUCUCGAUAUCGUCGAUCCGAAUAGAGACGGCUACGUUUCACUGCAGGAGUACAUGGCGUUCAUGAUCAGUAAGGAAACCGAGAACGUGCAAAGCUCUGAGGAGAUAGAAAAUGCUUUCCGUGCAAUCACCGCCGCAGAUCGACCAUACGUGACGAAGGAGGAAUUAUAUGCUAACCUCACGAAGGAGAUGGCCGACUACUGCGUUGCUCGUAUGAAACCGUACGUCGAUCCAAAGACCGAGCGACCGAUCACAGGGGCAUUGGAUUACAUUGAAUUUACUCGUACUCUUUUCCAGAAUUAA